UACAGUUCUACUAUAGGUCUACUUCCCGUGAGUUGCGAAGGCUUGACAGUGUUUCUCGAUCACCCAUCUAUUCCUCAUUUACAGAAACGCUGGAUGGUUCAUCGACUAUAAGGGCAUUAAAGUCAGAGGAUUUUUUCAUGGCCAAAUUCUCUAAGCAUGUGGCUUUAUACCAGAAAACAUCCUACUCUGAGAUAACUGCUAGUCUGUGGCUUUCUUUGCGCCUCCAAUUGCUGGCAGCAUUUAUUAUUUCUUUCAUCGCCCUAAUGGCAGUGAUUGGCAACUUUGGUGAUUUCCCUUUUAAGCUUGGGACGCCUGGACUGGUUGGGUUGGCUCUUUCUUAUGCUUCUCCUAUCGUAUCCUUACUAAGUAGCUUUCUUACAAGCUUCACGGAGACCGAGAAAGAAAUGGUUUCUGUUGAGAGGGUGCUUCAGUACAUUGAUAUUCCUCAAGAAGAACAAUGUGGAUCAGUAUCUCCUCACCUAGAUUGGCCAUCCCAUGGGCAGAUUGAAUUUGAACAUGUUACACUAAGAUAUAAGCCCUCACUACCAGCAGCUUUAAAUAAUCUGUCAUUUAAAAUCAAUGCUGGCAUGCAGGUUGGAGUUGUUGGAAGAACAGGAGCUGGGAAAUCAAGCAUGAUAAAUGCCCUUUUUCGUCUAACUCCCAUUUGUAAUGGGCGCAUACUCAUAGACAACCUAAAUGUGGCUGAGGUUGCUGUGAGAGAACUUCGUCAAAGUUUUGCAGUAGUUCCACAAAGCCCAUUCCUUUUUGAGGGAUCAUUAAGGGAUAACCUGGACCCGUCGGGUGGGACGAGUGAGGAAAAAAUUUGGGAAAUUCUUGAGAAAGUUCAUAUAAGAACUUUAAUUGAAUCUGCUGGGGGCCUUGAUAUUCAGGUGAAAGAAAGCUCAGUUACCUUUUCUAUUGGCCAGUGUCAGCUUAUAUGCCUUGCCCGUGCCCUUUUGAAAUCUUCCAAGGUGAAACUGGUCAAUUAAUCUACAUUGAACUAAUUGUUCUCAUUAUCAACUUGUAUGCUCAGCUAAUAUUCUUCAUCAUGCUUUUUUCCGUUCUAUUAUAACAUCUAUAAUGGAUACAAUGUGAGAAUGGAUGCAUUUAAUAUGCUAGCAAAUUUAUUUAGAGCUCA